CAUAGUGUGUAAUACCCGCUUAAAGCAUAAAUCAAAUUCAUAUAGUUACAUCGUGCGAAUCUGUGUAUGGGCUGCCAAAUAUACUCAUAAAAAUUUUAAAGGAACGGAACAAGUCUUCUUUCUUAUUGGUUAUUGACCGACAAGAGACUAAUCGGUCGUUGGUCGGAUAUUUUUUUUUUGAAGCGCUUGUGUUUUUACAAUUAACAAUUGUGUUCUUAAGCAAAACAAUGUUGCCCAAUAGCGCAUUCAAGUCGUUUGGAGUUCCUGAUGCCAGCCUUUCAUCAGAUAAUGAUGAAGAAGAGCGUCGUUCGGUUCUUAGUCGUACGGCAUCCGAGGAAGUCCUGAUGAUUAAAAACGAAAAGAAAAAUGAGAUAAACUCGGAGAAUGUAUGGUCACUAUCAGUUAUUGACACAAGUACUGAUUUCUUUGAGCAUAAGCACAAUUUUUCGAGUAACUUUAGAGUUGCUUGCUCAUCGCUAGAAGCUUCAUCAAAGGUUCAUGGUUUACGUGUAGACUCUAAUUACAGAGACGUUGUGCGUAUUUCUGCAGGUUUAGCAAAAUCGGUUAACAGUAAGAAUGCAGGACUUGAUGACAUCGACGAUGUUUAUUAUACCAAUGACCAAACCGAUAUAGUUAAUAAGUCAGUUGGUGAAACUCAACCGGACAUAAAUGCUAAUCCACCUAAACCAAAAAACCGUGCACGACGACAAAUAAGUACAGUUACAAGAAAUAAAGAGAGUUUAAAUGGUUUAUUGAAAACAAUUCCAAUGGAUGAUGUCAUCUUUAGCAAACUUAAUAGAAUUGGUGGUGCAAUAAAUUCAUCCAAAUGUUUAAUGCAUAAUGUGCUACCGACACGUGAUUACGAUUUAAAAUUAAGUACAAAAUUCAAUUACUGGACGGCGUUCGAUAAUGAGGAGAUCGAUUACACAUUAGAAAUGGAAGGUGAUGCUCUUGAAACUGAUGUUCUUGCAACCGAAUCUGAGGAAAUUUUAAAUGAAGAAACUGAUCUUAAAAAUAGCAAUGUGGACAAAAGUAAUUUUGUGGAAAUUAAGGAAGAAGCUGAUAACAGUUUAUUGAUUAGAUCACUUUACACUGAUUAUCCCUUAUAUUCAAAGGAUAAAAUAAAGUACAAAGACAAAAAAGAAGAAGAAAAUACUUCUUCCCGUAAUGUGAGUGAUCUUGAUGAACCUCCACGAGUUUUGACACCAUCUGAAUUAGUCGUACAAUUUGACAUGGAUGCUGAAUGUGACCCAGUAUGUCUUGAUCCGAAAGCACCUAUGUUGGAUAUUGAUUUGUGUGAAUACGAUGCCAUAACAUUAGAUGAAAUAACUGCAAUAAAUAGAUGUGGAAGUUUACGUCGUUCAGCUCAGAUUAUGGAAGAUUUACGUCCUAUCGAUUCCUCACAGUUGGAAUAUUCGUAUCGUGAACUUAAUAAUAUACAAAAUUGUUGGAUUGGUCCAUCCAAUAAUUCUAAUCUGCGCGAAACAAUGGCCAACAAAUCGGCUGGCACUAUUGCGAAUUCUGUUAUUCAGCUUGAUGAUGAAGAACAUGGUUCGGGUAACGAUUCUGAUCAUCCAGAUAGAAACGAUGUAGAUAUCGAUUCUGAAUCGCAGGAAUGCAAUGAUACGGUACUGAAAAUUGGUACAGAAUUUGAUGGACCACCUUCUCAAGUGACAAAGAUUGUUGUUCCAUUUGCCAAACGUACCCGUCACUUUGAUAUGAAAAACUUAAUAACAAGUUGCAAGUCAUUAGUGGACCUACAAUUUAAAGUUAGCGCAAAAGAAAAGGAAGAUAACAAAAAAGGCAGUGAACAAAAAGAAAAUAAUGAUCACUUCUCAGAUGAGAAGUACAUACCGGGAGAAGCAUCAUUCAAAGAAAUGUAUGAGUCAUUGCCGGAAGAGUCAAAUGCAUCAGCCUCAACACCUAUCAUGUCAUUUUUCUCCCUUCUACAUCUAGCCAGUGAGAACAAUUUACGAUUAUCUGAAAAUGCGGACGAUAUUAUUAUCAGAAAAAUACAAACCCAAGAACAAAUGAAAGACAACGAUACAUCAAAUUCUUAAGUUAAAUUUUUAUAUCAAUUUAACUUGAAUUACUAUUUUUAAAA